AAAAAGCCCAAAACAAAGUAUGAUUCUUCUUCAUCCUCUCCAUAACCACUUCUCUAUCCCUUCUUCCAUAUGGGACACAGAGUUUCCUAUAGCUCAAGUGGAGAGGCCAUGGAAUGGAAGCAGGAAAAGCCUGAGCUUGGUCCCUUUCACUGAUAUAAAGGGCCCAGAGAACAGAGGGAUGGGAACUGGGCUGGUGCCUUGCUGCCUGAUUGAACUCUGUGCCUAGUGUAGUCCUUGACUUUAACAUUCAAUCCCUGCCUCCAACUCUGCCUCACUCCUAAUUGCAUCUAAUAAUAAUUCCAUGUGUCCACACUGAUCCUCUCAGACCUCCAUCUCCUUACUUGGUCAGUGAAUUCAGUUUGCAGCUCAACAGAUGUGUGGUGAGAACUGUUUUGUGUGAGAUGCAGGGGCCAGGGCUGAAAGUGAAUUUGCAGAAUCUUCAAAGAGAUUAUAGUCCAGUGGCAGAGGGGAGGUGUGUACAUCACAAAACUCACUGAAGCCAAAAGGAAAGUGUGCAGGGCAAGGAGUGGCUGGAGUUGGAGGAAGAUGCCCAGAAGGCCUAUGUGAUGGGACUCCUGGACCGACUGGAGGUGGUCAGUAGGGAACGGCGACUGAAGGUGGCCCGGGCUGUUCUGUACCUGGCCCAAGGCACUUUUGGGGAAUGUGAUUCGGAGGUCGAUGUACUACACUGGUCCAGGUACAACUGCUUCCUGCUCUAUCAGAUGGGGACCUUCUCAGCCUUCUUGGAGCUACUCCACAUGGAAAUCGACAACAGCCAGGCCUGUAGCAGUGCUCUUCGGAAACCAGCCAUCUCCAUUGCUGAUAGCACAGAGCUCAGGGUGCUGCUGAGUGUCAUGUACCUAUUGGUGGAAAAUAUCCGCCUGGAGCGAGAGACAGACUCCUGCCGGUGGAGGACAGCACGGGAGACCUUCCGCACUGAAUUGAGUUUCUCCACGCAUAAUGAGGAACCUUUUGCCCUUUUGCUUUUCUCCAUGGUUACCAAGUUCUGCAGCGGCCUGGCUCCCCAUUUCCCCAUAAAGAAGGUCCUGCUUUUGCUCUGGAAGGUGGUCAUGUUUACCCUUGGUGGAUUUGAGCAUCUACAGGUUCUCAAAGUACAGAAGCGGGCAGAAUUGGGCCUGCCUCCACUGGCUGAAGACAGUAUCCAGGUGGUGAAGAGCAUGCGUGCUGCCUCCCCGCCCUCUUACACCCUCGACCUGGGGGAGUCUCAGCUGGCACCACCACCCUCUAAGCUGCGAGGCCGCCGUGGUUCUCGAAGGCAACUCCUCACUAAGCAGGACAGCCUGGACAUCUACAAUGAAAGAGAUCUCUUUAAGACUGAGGAACCAGCCACAGAGGAGGAAGAGGAGUCUGCUGGUGAUGGAGAACGAACCUUGGAUGGAGAAUUAGACCUGCUAGAGCAAGAUCCUCUGGUGCCACCUCCACCCUCACAGGCAUCCCUUUCUGCUGAGCGGGUGGCCUUUCCCAAGGGCCUACCCUGGGCCCCAAAGGUCAGACAGAAGGACAUUGAGCACUUCUUGGAGAUGAGCAGGAACAAAUUCAUCGGAUUCACUCUGGGGCAGGACACAGAUACCUUGGUUGGAUUACCCAGGCCCAUCCACGAGAGUGUGAAGACUCUAAAGCAGCACAAGUACAUCUCCAUUGCAGAUGUUCAGAUCAAGAAUGAAGAGGAUCUGGAGAAAUGCCCCAUGUCUUUGGGGGAAGAGGUGGUACCAGAGACGCCAUGUGAAAUCCUCUACCAGGGCAUGCUCUACAGCCUCCCUCAGUACAUGAUUGCUCUACUUAAGAUUCUGCUGGCUGCAGCCCCCACUUCCAAAGCCAAGACGGACUCUAUCAAUAUCCUGGCAGAUGUCCUGCCUGAGGAGAUGCCCAUCACUGUUCUCCAGAGCAUGAAGUUGGGCAUCGAUGUGAACAGGCACAAGGAGAUCAUUGUAAAGAGUAUCUCUGCCCUGCUCCUGCUCCUCCUCAAACACUUCAAACUGAACCAUAUCUACCAGUUUGAAUAUGUAUCACAACAUUUGGUAUUUGCCAACUGCAUUCCAUUGAUCCUGAAGUUCUUCAAUCAAAAUAUCUUGUCCUACAUCACUGCCAAAAACAGCAUCUCGGUCCUGGAUUACCCUUGCUGUACCAUCCAGGAUUUGCCGGAGCUUACUACAGAGAGUCUGGAAGCUGGAGACAACAACCAGUUCUGUUGGAGGAACCUCUUUUCCUGCAUUAACCUUCUGAGGCUGCUCAAUAAACUGACCAAAUGGAAGCAUUCCAGAACCAUGAUGCUGGUGGUAUUCAAAUCAGCUCCAAUCUUAAAGCGAGCCCUCAAGGUCAAACAGGCCAUGCUGCAACUUUAUGUUCUGAAGCUGCUAAAAAUACAGACCAAGUACCUGGGGCGCCAGUGGAGGAAAAGUAACAUGAAAACCAUGUCAGCCAUCUAUCAGAAAGUACGCCACCGCAUGAAUGAUGACUGGGCUUAUGGGAAUGACAUCGAUGCCAGGCCAUGGGACUUCCAAGCAGAAGAAUGCACCUUGAGGGCCAACAUCGAGGCUUUUAACAGCCGCCGGUAUGACAAACCCCAGGACUCUGAAUUUUCACCCGUGGAUAACUGCUUGCAGAGUGUGCUGGGGCAGAGGUUGGAUCUGCCUGAGGAUUUCCACUAUUCAUAUGAGCUCUGGCUGGAGAGAGAGGUGUUUUCACAGCCCAUCUGUUGGGAGGAGCUGCUCCAGAAUCACUGACUGAGCUCUUAACAACAAAACAUCUGAUAGAUGGGGUUUGGCUCCAAUAAAUGGUGCUCUGCCUACCCUGCCCAUUCAGCCUUUGUUUCCAGGUCUGGGAGUGCUUGUCCAGGGGAAAGCUGGCCUAGCCUAAGGACGUCCAGUGUAGUGCAGGGCCAUUCUGGGGGCUUUGGGCCUGGUGAUAGUGCAAGGCUAGGAUCCUGAGUCACAACAAAUUGGUCAGCUUGCACUGGGGUCAGUUGGGUGCCCAGUUGGCCUUGAAAAUCUACUGGAUCAGUCCUGGACAGGCUCUUUUGUGGGACUGCUCCCUGCUUUAGUCUUGCCCAGAACCAGGCUAGCCUUUGCUGACCCCAAGAGUGAGAAUAAGUUUAUUAUGGCAUUUGACCCAUGACAUUCAUCAUAGGUAAUGGGAGAGACAAGUCAUAAAAUAGGGAGAACAUUUCCUUCUUGCUUACCCUGGAUUCCUAGGACUUAAAAGAGGUUUGGCAAAGCCAUCUUUGAAAUUAAGUCUGUAUUUUAAAUUAAAAAUUUUGACACCUCUUUCUAAAAUUAUUAGCUCAAAGAUGAUUUUAGAGCACCUGCACCUUCUUUGUAAAGGAUGAUGAUUUUACCAUUACCUAAAUACUGCAUAUGUUAUAGUAAGGUAUAUUGUGUAAAGUGUUUUCUUCUCUACUCCUGAAGAGAUCUAUGUUCAGUCUGAGAGUUAUUUCUCUGUGUAUUGUGUACAGGGCUUGCAGUGCUCUGCCACAGCCAGUCUGAAAUAGGCCUCCUCUAAGGAUGCUUCAUGUUUUUCUGACUACUUCAGUCUUCAAAUGACUGACUACACUGUAAAAAAUUAUCCUUUUCAUCCAAUUCAUUUUUUAAAUGACAAGUAACUACAGGAGGUUUUAUUUAUUGAGAUGGCUAUGUCCAUUUGUGCUCAUGAUCGAUUUAUUUUUUAAUUGAAUAGAAUAGCAAGAGCAUCACAGCUUACCAUUUUUCUAUGUUGAUCAAUGAUUUUUUUUCCCUUUUUACUGCAAGUACUUUCAAAGUGUCGUAUGGAGAUUUAGCAAUAUACUGUUCCUACCUAAAAGUAUUGCACACUUCUUUGAAAAUACAGGGGUUGAUGUAUCAACCUCUUUAAACUUCUUUUACAGCAGAAUCACUUAUUUGUCAGUUAAGCGUCUGACUCUUGAUUUUGACUUGGGUCAUGAUCUCAGGGUCAUGAGCUGGAUCUGCGUCCCCACAUCCGGCUGGGCUCUGCGCUCACUGGGGAGUCUGCUUGAGAUUCUCUCUCUUCCUCUGUCCCUCCCCCUACUCCAUACAUACUCUGUCUCUCUAAUGAAUAAAUCUUUAAAAAAAAAUCACAUACUUCUCAACAGAAACAAGGUUUUUAGAAAAGCUUCUGAUUCGAUCAGGAUCAUUUUAUUUCUCUUCUGUCCCCACAAUUAUGUCAUCUAUAUUUUCAAGCUUUUUUAUUUUAAGUGCCCUCCCCCCUGGCAUAGACACUACUGAAUCUUUUUUAUGAUAACACCAGGCCACUUUAAUUGUGCCAGGAGGUCUAGUAAAAAAUGGCUUACUCUGUCAACCACAGUUCAUUUGGAAGUCACGGUACAGUUAUUAAUGAUAUCCAAAGGAACUAGACCGGAACUCGAACUAAAGCUUGGAUUUUACCUUUUUGAGCUUUAAGGUAGCAGGACUUCUGUUUUUAUGGAAAGGUGAUGAAGAAUAUAAGUAUGUAAUGGAUGACACUUCUUACAAUAAUUUGUAAAUUUUACCUGAGUAGGACAGCUGUCCUCGCUGCAAUCAAAGUAAUUCACUGAGCAUAUCUAUGAACCCUAUUAAUCUAUUUUAAUGUGGUUUAACUGAAAAGACAAUUUUCAAGGAAAGAGCAGUCAUCAAUCUAUUUCUCUUAAAGCCAUGUAGUAUUUAAUUUGUGUCAAGAACAAAUAAGUUGCCCUUUUAAAAAUAUGCACAUGAAUGCUUUCUGAGGCAUAGAAGUAUGCUAAGCUUUAACAUUUCAUACUUUUUUACAAGUCUUCUCUUAAGGGAAGAUUAAUUCUCAGUGCAGAUGGAGAAACUGAGAUACCAAGAAAAGUGAUUAGUUUCAAAUCACAGCCUUUUUUUGCUGACUUGCUGGGAUAGCAUUCAGGUAUUGACAGCCAGCCCCAUAUGUUAAAGUAACUGAUUUGAAUCUUCCAAUUUGAGAAGCCAUGUGUGUGGUUAGGAAUAAAUUCAGAUUAACCAACCUCCAAUGGUGAUUACUGUUACUACUUAGAAGGACAUUAUUUGAGAUUUAUAAAGGAUUUUUAUUUGUGAAUACUUCAGUAAAGUUUGUGUUGUUGAUAACACUGUUUAUCUACUGAAAGCACUUUAAUAAAAAAUUGAACUGGAGUUAGAAAUUUGGUCUUUAAUUCAACAUGAAAGAAUCUUAAAGACAGAUAUAGAAAGGAAUAAUAUAUAAAGAAGAUGAAUAUAUAAAAUAUUGUGUAGUAUUCCCUGGGGGUAGACUAAUAUAAACACAACUGCAAUGAAGGCUUAUGACAAACCUUUAUUUCUUGUUUCUGGGUCUGGGGAUCAGGUGCAGCUCUGCUCCACUCAGGUUAACUUGCUAGAUUUAGCUCUGCUCCACACAUCAUCUUAUUCUGGCAUGAGGCUGAUGGACUAGCUCCUGCCUGGGACAUAAUACUAUUCUCAUGGUAAAGGGCAGAAGCAAGCACCAAACCAUACCAUGCAAGCACCUGGAGGGGGCUUAAAGCUCCUGCUUGGAUGUGGCAUAAGUCAAAUUGCUCAUACUCCAUUGGCAAAAAGCCAUUCACAUGGGGCAAGCCUAACACUGGGCCAGAGAAGUACAUUCUACCUACGGAAGGCAGUUGCCACCAGGCAUGUGGGUAGACAGUGAGUCCCAGCAGCUUCUCAGUGAGCUUUUGAGAUUGGUGGUAGGGCUUUCUUAGAGAUUCUUGAGAAUUUCCACAGCUUUCCAGUUUGCAUUCGAAACCACCCAUUUUUCAGUGCUUUAUGCUGAUAUUUUCAGUUGUGACUUUCUUGACUUUUGUGUCCAUCGUACCCCCAGCUCUUCAUCUAACAAUAAUCUUGGUUCUAUAAAGACAGUUCUAUAAACGAAUGAGUCUCUUUCUCUCCCACAAGUAGUUGUGAUGAGUUUGAAGUCUUUCCUCUAGGCCUUCUUGAGAUGACCUAUAUUUGCAAUAAAACUAGCUGAGACUAAAAAUGCAGCUGUAGUUCUGGAACAAAAAUGACACUGGUUCAUACAACCAUCCGACUUGUGACCUUGAUCUCAUCGAUGCUAUUAUUGAUGAGCUAAAUAACCACCUUAAUAUCCAGGCGAGGUCAAGUAUGAACUUGGCAACUCUUUGGCGCUCUGCGAAGGUUCUAAGUAUGUUUAGGGUAAUUUGCAGAGGCAAAGAAGGUCCUGCCACUAUCUCAGAAAUACCGGGCAUGGUCAAUUAACAUCUGCUCUACGUAUACUCUAAUUCCCGGCCAGACUUUUCUGUAAUGGUAUGAUAAAAUGUUUUCUGUAAUAAAAAUGUCUUACAAAAUAUUAUGGAAUUUAUAAACAACUUUUGUGCAACACCAGUAGGUUUUAGAGCAGCUACUGCUAUUCUUACAUGUAUUCAAUACUAAUACAUAUUUUAGCGGAUAUUUUAAGUGUUGCUUUUCAACAUGAGAGACAUCAAAUACAUACAUAAAAUAUAUUUUAGAGUAAAAAGGUCUCCAGCAUGAUUUUAUUCUCUAUACAUUAAAUAAAACUUUUGUCUGCCUCUGGGCCUCCUGCUUUCUCAUUUUCUCUUAACCAAAAAAAAAAAAAAAAAGAAUAUAGUGAUAGUGAAGAAAAUUGCCUCCCGUAUAACCCCACCACUCAACAAUGAGCCAUUUAUAUGAUAGCAGUUUAACAAUAUAAGGAACUGUGUAACCUCUAAAAUAGGGUAGAACAAAGGGAGAGA